AUGCCACGAGAGGACGAUGUUGCUAAUACGAAUAUAGGUUCCACAUCGGCACCUGCUCUGGAUGACGAAGAAGGUUCCAAAUCACCGUCCGCUGACGCAACACAAGUCUCAAUUAUGGAAGAUGGUAAGGGAUCAUCGUUGGAUGAAGAGCAAGAUGUUGAGGCAAAUAAAACGCGAGCCAAUGCACCAGUGAUGACCGCAGUCGAUGAGCCACCAAACAAGAUCUUCCUGACCUCGUUGGCAGUUGUGUUUAUCAUCGCUGGAUCGCUGAAUACAAUCGCAGCAAAAUGGGCGGAUACAACCCCGAUCCAUUGGUUUCAAGAUUGUUAUGAUGGUCAUUGCUAUCAUUAUAUUAAUCAUGCGGAAUAUUUUAUCCAUCCAUUCUUCCAGGCUGACGUAAUGUUCGUUGGUGAAGUGUGUUGUAUGCUUGCCUAUUUGGUCAGUCUGAUGAUUCAACGGUAUCGGUGGAGAAGGCGAAGGGCCAACCAUGUUUGCACGGCGGGAUGCGAGGUGUGCAACUCGGAAUGCCCCACAAUACCACGCUUCAACUGGUUUCUGUUUGCGAUUCCAGCGUUUUUUGAUGUUGUCGCCACAUCGAUGCAGUACAUCGGAUUAUUGGUGACCAGCGUUGUUUCCUAUCAAAUGUUAAGAGGUUAG